UCUUUUUACUCUACGUCGCUGCUGUGUUUUGCUCGGGAAUGAAAAUAGAAAAACGAUUGAUGUGUAUUUUUGUCACCAUUUUAAAAAAAUUUUUGUCGUUGUUGUAGUGACUGAUAAAAUCCCAAAUAAUUAUCGGUGUUAUUAGUUGGGGUUUUUAAAGGGGAUUUGAAGCAACUCCCCACGAGGGAACCUGAGAUUUUCCAAGUGUCAGAACAAACGCCGCAUUAAAAAACAUUUUCCUUUACGGACACCGUGCACUUUCUUUUAUGCACGAAAUCAAAGCGUAGGCGUGAAGGAGGAGGAGGAGAGGGAGGAGGGGGAGGAGGCGGCCAAUCUUGCGCAGACUGCCUGCCUUCAGCCUCGGUGAUGCUGCUGAUGCUGCCGCAGCUGCCGCUGCUGCUGCUACCUAAAUGGAUCCCGUGAUGUAAAUACAAGGAUGGCGAGGGCAGCGGAUGGAACACGCCGCCUCAUGUGUGAUUGACAUCGGACAGUUUCUUCUCGACGCGCCUUGCGGACGCUGCACGCUAUGCAUCCAUGUCUUUAGCUUGACGCAAAAAAACGCCAAAGCGAAACGCGGGACGCUUCUCUCUGAAAAGCAGGACAACAACAACAAUAAAAGAGACUCGGGAUUAAAGAGGGUCAUUAUGACCUUAGACGCCUCCAGUGCAAGGAAACCAUCGGAUUGCGUUCAGGCGGCCGCGUUGUGUUUGCAUCUCAUGCUUUGGAUUGCCUGUGCAGUGUCCGGAGAGGAGCAACAGCACUUCAACGUCGAGGGAUGGCUACAGAGGUACGGCUACCUUCCCCGCACAGAGCCCAAAAUGUCUGUCUUGCGCUCAGCCCAAACCGUGCACUUGGCCAUCGCCGCCAUGCAGCGUGCCUACGGCCUCAAUGUCACCGGGACACUGGAUGAAAGAACCAAGGAUUGGAUGCAGAAGCCCCGCUGCGGCGUUCCAGACACGCUCAAAAGAGCUUCGAGGUCACGGAGGCGGAGAUAUGCGCUGACAGGACAGAAGUGGCAGCGUACGCACAUCACCUACAGUAUAAAAAAUGUCACGCCAAAGGUGGGGGCCCGUGAGACCCAUGACGCCAUCCGCCGGGCAUUCGACGUGUGGCAGGGCGUGACGCCGCUGCGCUUCGAGGCCGUCCCUUAUAGCGCCCUGGAGACGGGCCGGCGUGAUGUGGACAUCACCAUCAUCUUCGCCUCGGGUUUCCACGGUGACAGCUCACCUUUCGACGGGGAGGGCGGCUUCCUUGCCCACGCCUACUUUCCUGGGCCCGGAAUAGGUGGCGACACCCACUUUGACUCAGAUGAGCCUUGGACUCUGGGGAACCCCAACCAUGAUGGGAACGAUCUCUUCUUGGUCGCUGUUCACGAGCUGGGCCACGCCCUCGGCCUGGAACACUCCAAUGAUCCCACUGCCAUCAUGGCUCCUUUCUACCAGUACAUGGAUACAGAGAACUUUAAACUACCUCACGACGACCUGCAGGGCAUCCAGAAGAUCUACGGUCCACCCGACAGAGCCCCGCAGCCGACAAGGCCUCCGCCCACGGCGCCCCCUCCUCGCUUCCACCUUCCCUCAGACCCCCGCAAGCACGACCGCCAUGCCAGGCCCCACCGCCCUCCGCAGGGGGCCAAGCCAUCCAACCCCAACUCCAAGCCCAACAUCUGUGAUGGAGGCUUCAACACGCUGGCCAUCCUGCGGCAGGAACUUUUUGUCUUCAAGGACCAGUGGUUUUGGAGGGUGCGGGACAACUCGGUGGUCCCUGGAUACCCCAUGCAAAUCAACUACUUCUGGAAAGGCUUGCCUGCCAAAAUUGAUGCCGUUUAUGAAAACAGCGAAGGAAAAUUUGUAUUUUUCAAAGGCAGCCGCUUCUGGGUGUUCAAGGACACGACUCUGCAGCCGUCCUACCCGCAGGACAUCUCGCUGUUUGGCAGCGGCAUGCCCACACAGAGCAUUGAGACGGCCGUCUGGUGGGAGGAUGUGGCCAAGACUUACUUCUUCAAAGGAGACAGAUACUGGCGCUAUAAUGAAGACAUGAGGACCAUGGAUCCAGGUUAUCCCAAGCCUAUCACCAUCUGGAAGGGCAUCCCCGAUUCUCCGCAGGGGGCUUUCGUGGACAAAGCCAACGGCUUCACCUACUUUUACAAGGGUAAGGAAUACUGGAAGUUCAACAACCAGCUGCUCCGCGUGGAGCCGGGCUACCCGCGCUCCAUCCUGCGCGAUUUCAUGGGCUGCGACGGUCUCCCCCCGGACCCCGACUGGGACUGGAGCCCACCGGCAGCCGAGGAGCGCCACUACGACAGUGGCGACGCCGACGUGGUCAUCAAACUGGACGGUGCGGGCGGCACGGAGAAGGCAGUGGCCAUCGCCAUCCCGUGUGUCCUGGCGCUCUGCAUGAUGGUCCUGCUGUACACCGUGUUCCAGUUUCGCAGGAAGAGCACGCAGCGCCACAUACUGUACUGCAAGCGCUCCAUGCAGGAGUGGGUGUGAAGAAGGCGUGGGCUCGCCGAGCUGGGAUCGACAGGUUUCGAAAUCACCGGCCGCGUUUUGCGAUGCCCGGCAGAACUGCACAAAAGGAGACUGAAGGCAGUGAGGGAGCCAUAUCUCUUAAGUCCUGUGUAUUUAUCUACUUGGACUCUUUUUCUCUAACGAACUCAACAGUGCGAGUGUGACUCAAGUUCCUGUAUGUAAGUGGACUUUUUUUUUUGUCCUGUCUGCACACUUGCUUGAAGAAACUUCAUGAGCACCAACCAAUUAGAUUUAAGCUUCAAAUUGGCUUUUGUUCUCAAUGGAAUCACCCCGAGCUUUGCUUUUUUUUUUUUUAAUUGAAAUUGUAUGACAGACUGACACACACACACAAACACACACACACAGACACACACACACGCACGCACACACACGUGCGUGCACACACAAAGAUUGUGUGGACCUUUUCUUCCAAAGAGGAUGUUGGCUCAAGUUUUUUCCCUUACUUUUGGUAACACAUUCAGCUUUUUUUUUCAUAACAUAUGAAGAUGGCAGGCAGCUAUAAAGUGUGGUAAAAAUGCAACAACACAACACAACUAACUAGCCAUUUUGAGGGUAUGUCCUUCAUCCAAAAAAAACUGUCCCAUAAUGUCCUCACGGAGUUAGAAACUUUAGAAUGAGCAGGCAUGCCAGUCCAUUCAUGAGUAAAUGCACAAGAUACAGAAAAUCGGCCAUUUUUGUUUGAAGUGGUCAUUUGGACAACCAAAAUUUGCUACCAAGUUUAAAGGGGAAGGCAAGUCAAUAUCGUUCUUUACAACAAUAUGUUCUCUGCACUUCCUCUAGUCCAAGCAUGGAAUUCUGAUGAAAAUUAAUGAUGAAUUAAUAUGAAUUAAGCAGAAAAAUCCAGUCGUUUUCAUUCAUCUCUUGGUGCAGCCAUUUUGGUCUUGUACUGCCAUUUGUCGAGAGAAAAUGACAUCGUCGUCAUCUCGGCAACUGUAAUGUCAUUUUCAGUUGACAGCAAGUGGUAAGAUGGCUGCCCGCUGCGAUGUUUAAAAACGCUGCUUAAUUCAUAUUUCACUAACACAAUAUUCAUCAGAAUACCAUGUUCAGACACGUGUGUGCACAUAGAGCAUUUUACUGUCGUCUUGAUUUCCCCUUGGAAGCAUGUACACGAAACAUACUCGUAUCGCAAAAUUGGGGAAAACUAUAUUUUGUUCUUUUCAGAGCUUGGUCGCAAAGUUUUAUCACCAUAUAUCUAUACACAAUUUUGACUUCCCAAGAGCAAAGUGAAUUCUUAGUACUCAAUGCUAAUGAUAAUGUAAAGUUACAUCAAAGUUGACUAGUCGUUACAGUACGGCGGUCUGCAACAUUUCUGUACUACUUAUAAAUUUGAUGAAAAGAUAGAUUUUGAUGAACCUGCUUAGAAAGAAAUAAAAUAUCUGAUUAAAAUACAGUCCAGCAUUACACUGAAUCUAGUUAUAAUCAGUGGGAGCCAUGCGUUUUUCUCAUGGCAGGCUGUCCUGUACUAACUACUCAAAGUGUUAGGAUGCUUGUUCUCAUUAGCAUACAGUUGUUGGGCAGAAUGUUCUGGCGACAAAUAUGGAGCGUCACUUGGCGCCACUGCCCUCGUUCCUCCCCGCCAGUCCCAGGGUCCCACUGCCCUGAAUAUUUUAAAGAUUAGCAGCAAUCUAACUGGCCGACGCUCGCGCCGGACGGCUAACCAGCCUUUGUCAUCUGUAGACUGAGUUGUCUUCGGAGCAUUGUCUUCUGGUAGAUUAUCUUUCACCAGCAAUCGUGGUUGACGGCCGACUCUCAAGUCCUCCUUAUUGGCCGAUUGGAAGACGAGAUAUCAAAAACACGUGAUUAUUCAUUAUUGUAGUCAAACAUAUGGAUACGGGUUAGUAAAGUCGACUGGUUGACUAAUUGAUGAGUUUGUUUGAUGCAAUACUGAGUGCUCUCAUCUUCACCUCCCCACUUUAACACAGCUAAAGUUACUAUAUAUAAAGAUAUUGAUAGAUUUCUUUUGGGAAGAAAACUAAAACAUUUCUGUGUCAAAGUUAUCUUGGCAUUGGAGUAGUAAAAGUAAAAUAAACCUAACCUACCUAAUCCAAAUCCUAAACACUUACAAAUAUUUCUGUCCAAUUUAGCUCGGUUUGAGAGCUUUUUGUUUGUUUGUUUGUUUGUUUGUUUGUUUGUUUGUUUCCGCUAUCAACAAGUGCAUUCCGUUCACCUUCAACGAGUUUGGAAAUCCAUACUAUGUUUUGUGUUUGGACAUUGCACGUGGGAAUGGGGAUGAAAGCAAAAGAACACUUAUUUUUCCUCUGGAAAAGAGGAAAAAAAAAGAAUACCGUAGUCUUUGAAUCUCAAGACACAAGUGAGAUAUGAAGUGCAUGUUCAUACAGUGUGUGGCUGAAAAUAUGAAGUAGUUUUACUAAAAUUAAACAAUAAUUCAGAUUAACCGCAAAAAAAUAAAAUUGCUAAGAAGAGAAAGAAUCCAAUCUUGUUCAACGACUACCACGGCCUGAAUCAAUGAGUAUAUUUAUAGAAAUAAAUCACCUCUAACAUUUCACAUACUCUGUGACAUUACAUAUCCAAAAUGAAAUAUUUAUAAUGUCUAACCAAAGUCUGAUGAAAUAUUUAAGAUGAGCAGCUUCUGACAAAUAUGUAUCAUCAACGCAGGCACGCCAGUUCAAGUGGAGCUUUGAUGGAUCUUUUUUUUUUUUUUCUACUUGAAACAGACUCAACCUCUCAGUAAACGUGUUGCAGCCUUCAAAGGUGAUGUAAUUUACGUUGGGUGGAGCUUUCGCAUCAUCAUUUUAGUGGUGCCCUGCGACUGGCUGGCAAAACCGAUUCAGGGUGAUCUCCGCCAACGGCCCCAAGACGGCUGGGAUGGACUCCAGCAUGCCUGCGACCCUCAUGAGAAGAAGCGGUCCCAUAAUGAAUAGUUUAAGUUUAGUGGUGGAGGAGGUUGAAGCUGCGGUCCUAAAGGUUCUACUUGCUGUACAAGGUGUCUUUUUGUGAUUUAUUUUUUAAAAGAAAUUGGACCUGACCACCAUCUGUGACUGUGUACAAGGUAUUAUGUCAGUCUUAAAAGCAUUUAAAAGUCGUAAAGUGGACGUGCGUGUGAUGAACCGUGGAUUUGUGGGUACAAUAAGGCCAGGUGGGACAGUAAUAAGUACCGUAUUUCAUGUUAGAGAAAGAGAAAUGCAUUUGAAGCUGCUAUUUUAUCUCCUAGACUGCUCAUUGCAUUCAUGUGUUUUUGUAGAGAGACUAAUCACAAGCUUUGAAAGCAGUACUGACUGACACUUUGACAUGUGGACUAACUCCACCUUUGCGUUUUAUUUUCUUGUCUGCCUUUCAUCCAACUUUGUGCUGCUAAGCAUUAGGGCUAAAGACAGGAAGUAGCUGAUGCAACUAAGGAAGGUUUUGUUCUUUUUAAAUUCCCGACACGUCCGAGGCCUCAUGUAGUAGGAUUAAACGUAUAUACAGUAUGUACAUAAAGUGGAGGAUGCUGUCUGCUCGAAAGAUUUGUUUUUAUUUAAACCAUCUACUACUCCAAGGGUAACGACAUGCUGUAUGUUCUAAAUAAAAGCAAGUGCAUAACAAA